AAGCCCGGCUGCGAUACAAAAGGCAUAUCGGAGGGUUAACCAGGCGCAGCCUCUCUCUUCUCCCCGCCCGCGUCCUCCCCUCCAGUGAAUGAGGGGAUGGACAAAGAUAAGUAGAAACAAAUCAAAAAAGAACCAGCGGACUUUGGGAGGUGUAAACUCCCUCCGAAAAGGGUGGGGGGAAAGGAAAGAGAGAGAGAAGGCGCAAUCGGGCUAGCCCUGAGCCGCGCAGACACCAUGAUGAGUUGGAGUCGGCUGUAAAGGGGAAGGAAAAGCGCGUUUUGCGGAGGGAUCGUGUGCGGUCGCGGAACUGGGGACAAGCGCCUUGGAUAUUUCCACUCCCAUUUUUGUUUCUUUCUCGGAGUCCCUCCGCGGGGGAGGGGGAAAAGUACCCCCCUCCGCAAGAGGCAGGCGAAGGCUCCUGUUGUGUGUCGUACUCUUACGCUGCCAGUGUGUCUCCCCUUUUUCUCUUGCUCUCGCCCUCAUUAAUAAAAAAACACAGCAAACGAUUCUGUUUUCCAGAUUGCUGGGAUGUAAGAUCUAAGGGAGAAAAUCUUUGCCGUUUCUUCUCCGUUUUUCUUCUCUCUCUUUCUCUCUCUCCUCCCCCCCCCCGCACUUGCAGAGCAGCCGCUCUUGCUGUACUCCUGUUGGACCGAGAGGACAGAAGCGGGUGGGGUGGGGGAUUUUCUUGGAAAUUCAAUGGAUAUGAACUUGGGGUCUUUGGAACCUUGCUGGCUUGGAAUAUCUAUAUGCUGAUCGCCUUUUGGAGAGGCAGAAGCGAGCGCACUUGGGAGAACGAUCUGCAAAAGAGCAAGAUGUCUCUGGCUGCCUUAUACUUCGUUUUGCCCUUAAUGGAAGCUCUCUUGUCCACCAAAGUGAGCGGGCUGCUUGGAGGAGACCGCCUGGAUUGUGUGAAAGCCAGUGACCAGUGUCUCAGGGAGCAGGGCUGCAGCACGAAAUACAGGACGCUGAGGCAGUGUGUAGCGGGAAAAGAGAGCAACUUCAGUCGGGCGUCAGGCCUGGAGGCAAAGGAUGAGUGCAAAAGUGCCAUGGAGGCUCUCAAGCAGAAAUCGCUUUACAAUUGCCGCUGCAAGAGAGGCAUGAAGAAGGAGAAAAAUUGCCUGCGCAUUUACUGGAGCAUGUACCAAAGCUUACAGGGAAAUGACUUGCUUGAAGAGUCACCUUAUGAACCAGUUAACAGCAGGUUAUCGGACAUAUUCAGGCUAGCACCGAUAGUAUCAGUGGAGCCUGUAAUAUCAAAGGGGAACAACUGUUUGGAUGCAGCAAAAGCCUGUAACCUCAACGACACCUGCAAGAAAUACCGAUCAGCUUACAUAACCCCCUGUACCAGCAGUGUGUCUAAUGAAAUCUGUAAUAAGCGGAAGUGUCAUAAGGCCCUAAGGCAAUUUUUCGACAAAGUUCCCCCGAAGCACAGUUAUGGGAUGCUUUUCUGCUCCUGCCGAGACAUCGCAUGUAGAGAGAGGAGGCGGCAAACUAUUGUCCCUGCGUGUUCAUAUGAAGACAGGGAGAAACCAAACUGCCUGAAUUUACAAGAUACUUGCAAGACGAAUUACAUCUGCAGAUCUCGCCUUGCAGAUUUUUUCACAAACUGCCAGCCUGAGUCACGGUCUGUUAGUAGCUGUCUGAAGGAAAACUAUGCUGACUGCCUCCUUGCUUACUCCGGGCUUAUUGGCACAGUUAUGACUCCGAAUUAUAGAAACUAUCCCAGUCUCAGCGUUGCUCCGUGGUGUGAUUGCAGCAACAGUGGCAACGAUCUAGAAGAAUGUCUGAAAUUUCUGAAUUUCUUCCAGGAUAAUAUAUGCCUUAAAAGUGCAAUUCAGGCCUUUGGCAAUGGUACAGACGUGAAUGUGUGGCAGCCAUUCCUACCUGUCCAAACAACCACAGCUUUAACAGCGACCACUUACAGAUCUAAGAUUCUGGGAUCCGAAAACAUCAACAAUGAAAUACCCACCAACAAUGACUUACCAGCAUGUGCCAAUCUCAAGGUACCAAAGCAGAGCUUCAAUGAAUCUGUAGCAACAGAACUGUGCGUGACUGGGAAUGCCAUUGGGAAAGAAAGCGUGGCAGGAGGCUCCACCAGUCACAUAUCUUCUGAUAAUUCAUCAACUCUUCGUAUAAGCAUCAGGCCAAGUACACUUCUCAUGGUGAUGGCAAUUGCACUCUCAUUUUGCUUGUGCCCACGUUCGUCAGAAACCUUGUAUCUGCUUUAACAAAAGGACCUGUACAAAGAAAAAGAAAGAAAAGGAAGCCGAUUUGUUCCCUGUCCUCUGUUAUUGUUCUGAAGUUACAGUUCUAGGAGCAAAGUUGAGGCACUUUGCUAAAAAAUAGUUCUGGAUUGUCAUCAUUGCCAUUAUUAUAUCAUAUUAUUAUUAUUUUUUCUUAUUUUUAAAGGAAGCUUCUUGUGAUACUUAGGAGCUUUGUGAAAUACUUGAUGCAGUAUUACAUUCCAAACCCAGAAGGCUUUUGGACAUGCAAUGUUUUAAAAGAGAUGGAAUGUCAAUUUACAUGUAAAUCAUCCAGGUUUGAUCCUUUCCUUCGUGUUUUCCUUGUUCUCACUGUUUUUAAAAAAUUCUACCCAAAAAGAAAGAGGCCACAUUGCUUAAAAUCCUGUUUCUCUCAUUUGCAGCACAAUUAGCCAGGAAGUUCUCCUGUGCAAGACCCAUUGUAAUAAUCUGUACUAGAGCAUUAGCAUGCUUUUAUGAGGUCCCAAAUAUUUUCAUUGUAGGAUGAAUACUAACAGGAAUGUGGUCCAAAACCAAAGCCAUGGCUUUCAGUUGGGGUGGAACUAUUUGCAGAGGGGAUCCAGGAUGCCUUUGCUUUUUCUGACAGAUUUUGGAUCCAUUUCAGAAAUACAUGAUAUGGCUCCCUUAGAAGUCUCUGGCACACUGAGGAGGCAGCUGACUUGUUACUGCUCCUUUGCCAGACCAGAGACCUCCGAGCAGACAAGGGGGCCCUUGCAUAAAGAAUUUCCUGGUGGAUUUUGGCCUUGACUUUUUAUUAUUGUUAUUAUUAUUAUUAUUAUUUUCAAAUUAAACAUAUUUUGAAGUAUAUAUUUUUUAAAAAAGGGAGCAGGUUGUUGACAUAUGACGAAUGUCUUCCUGGAGUGUGAAUUUUAUGAAACUUCUUCGUGUUUAUAGAUGGCUACCAAUGUUUUAAUGUUUUAACAUUCUCUUACAUGUUUAUAUAUGUAAGUGGUUUUGCACUACUUGCUGUGAAACCAUUGUAAGUCAUAUACCAGUGUAAUAUACAUGUUUUCUUUGAAAUUUCUGAAGAAAUAGAGAGCGAUAUUAAACUUUCUAACACUGCUUUUAUUUUUCUGAUUAUGAUCAUUUAGCCAUAACAGGAAGUUUAAAAAAGAAAACAUAUCCUACAUUAACAAGAAACAACCGUUGUGAAUAUUUCAGUAACCUAAAGUUCUUUUAUCUUUCCGACAAUAUAUUUUAAAAAGAAAAGAAACUAGAAAACUUCAGCUGUACAACUGUUGGUCUUCUUUACUGUAAUUAUACGGUUCAGAUAUUUUCCUGUU